ACAUAACAUGUCCAAUAAGAUCUAUGGCACUGAAAAUAUACCAGGACGUAUGCUAACACCUUCGUAUAAGGCAUGUAUGGAAGUGAAUAUGAACCAAUAUGCAAGAUUACAAAUAGGUAAUGAAAUAUUUGGGUCCAAAAUCACGGGAAGACAUGAAAACAAUGUAAUUAUAUUAGCGAAGUGGAAGGCAUAUAGAGAUAGAACAAGUGAUAUUUACCCUGGGGAGGUACAAUUUUACUUCGAACAUACUCUAACACUUCCAAGGGGACCCAAAACACAUCUUCUAGCUUACGUGAAAUGGUAUAAAAAUGCAUCUUCCUCUAGUAUUCGAUUUAAGCAUAAAUUUAUGGGACCCGAAGUAUCAAAUACUGAAUUGUGGAAAAAAGAAUACUAUGAGGAAGGUCAAGAUUCAAUUAUAGCAGUGCAUAGAAUAUAUGGUAGAGCCAUUAAGAUAGACUAUCGG